AUGUGUUGCAACUACGGGAACUACUACGGCUCCGGCUACGGCUGUGGAUACGGCUCCGGCUACGGCUGUGGAUACGGCUCCGGCUACGGCUGUGGAUACGGCUCCGGCUACGGCUGUGGAUACGGUUCCGGCUAUGGUUGUGGAUACGGUUCCGGCUAUGGCUGCCAGAGCUACCGAGGGCUGGGCUGCGGCUAUGGCUACGGCUCUGGCUACGGAUGCGGUGGCUACGGCAGACUGGGCUGCGGCUACGGCUACGGCUCUGGCUACGGCUGCUAA